GAUCAGGGCUGGAGGGAGGGAGAGCUGCCCCGCUAGUCCUGCUUGCUCGCUGCACUAUUGCUUGUAUGUUUUCACAUUGCUAGUGUUCUCACGCUGUAAGUUGGUGUAACACCCCCCAUGCAUCAUUGGGGGACGGACCCUCUGUGAGAGAUAAGACACUGCAUUUUCAUUCUUUAACUUUGUAACAAGUUUUGGUCCUUGGCAUCAAGUUUUAGAAGACACAAGUGUCUGUGACGUCAACAUCAAGGUGAAAGACCCAGCAUUUGGAUGUAAAUAGCGAGAUGUCACAUUGGAAAAUAAUAUGGCGUCUGGGAUUUAUGUCUCUCCUGAUUUUGGUGAAAGUUUUGGGUGUAGCAGCUGAGGAGCCAGAUCUAAUCCACCAUGGAUGUACAGAGGGAGGGUGUUAUCCAGCCACAGGAAACCUUCUCAUUGGACGCGCUCAGAGUCUCACUGCCUCCUCUACAUGUGGAAUGGAAACGUCUCAGGAGUACUGUAUUGUCAGCCAUCUUUCGGAGUCAGAGAAGUGCUUCAUCUGUGACUCCUAUAUCCCAAACCAGAGGGGGAGCCACAGAAUUCAAAAUGUGAUUUACCUGACGGGACAAGAUGGAGACAAGACAUGGUGGCAGUCGGAAAAUGGGAUGGAGGCAGUGAGUAUACGGAUGGACCUAGAAGCGGAAUUUCACUUUACUCAUCUCAUUAUGAAAUUUAAGACGUUCCGACCUGCUGCCAUGUUGAUAGAAAGGUCUGCAGAUUUUGGACGCACCUGGAAAGUUUAUCGUUACUUUUCAUAUAACUGUACCAAGAUGUUCCCUGGGGUCCCAGUCCAUGCCCUCCAAAAGAUUGAUGAUGUCAUCUGUGAUCAGAGAUACUCAGAUAUUGAGCCAUCCACUGAAGGGGAGGUGAUUUUUAAAGUUCUGGAUCCAGCCAUAAAAGUGGAAGAUCCCUAUAGUGUGGAAAUUCAAGAACUUCUCCAGAUUACAAACUUGAGGAUAAACUUCACCAAACUGCACACGUUGGGAGAUAACCUGUUGGAUCAGCGGGCAGAGGUCUUGCAAAAAUACUACUAUGCUGUGUAUGAGCUGGUGGUCCGUGGGAGCUGCUUCUGUUAUGGCCACGCCUCAGAGUGUUCUCCGGUAGAAGGCAUUGAAGGAGGAGUGGAGGGAAUGAUCCAUGGGCGAUGUGUGUGCAUACAUCAUACAACAGGGCUGAACUGCGAGCACUGUCAGGAUUUCUACCAUGAUCUUCCAUGGAGGCCAGCAGAACCCAACGAUCCUCACUCCUGUAAACAAUGUAACUGUAACAACCACUCCAGGAAGUGCCACUUUGACAUGGCAGUAUACCUAGCCACUGGAAGGGUGAGUGGAGGAGUGUGUGAUGACUGCCACCACAACACAAUGGGGCGCAACUGUGAGCAGUGCAAGCCUUUCUACUAUCUGAACCCAUGGUCAGAUAUCCGGGCUGAGACCGCCUGCAUUCCUUGUGACUGUGACCCGGUGGGUUCCUUGGAUGGUGGUGUCUGCGACAGUCACACGAAUGUGAACCUGGGGAUGAUUGCAGGACAGUGCCGUUGUAAGGAAAACGUGAAGGGGGAACGGUGCGACAGCUGCAAGGAAAACUUCUAUGGACUCAGCAGAAAUGAUCCUGAAGGAUGCCAACCAUGUAGGUGUGACCCCCGAGGCAUCAUAGCAGGAAGCACACCAUGUGACCAGAUUAGUGGCGACUGUUAUUGCAAGCGUUUUGUGACAGGUCGAUACUGUAACCAAUGCCUGCCGGAGUUUUGGGGUCUCAGUAAUGAUAUUAUGGGUUGCCGGCCUUGUAACUGUGAUUUUGGUGGAGCAUACAAUAACAGGUGUUCCUUUGAGGAUGGUCAGUGCAACUGUCGUUCCAAUAUCAUAGGUCGGCAGUGUGAUGAUGUACAACCUGGCUAUUUCUGCAUGCCUCUUGAUUAUUAUACAUACGAAGCAGAAGAUGCAAAGGGGCUUUCACCUUCAGACCCACAAACACCAGGCAAUCUGAAACCAGAGGCACCAACGGACUGUGUAGAAUACUACAAUGGCAUUCAGAAUGGAAAGAAAGUUCGACUACGACGCCAUCGGAGCACGAUCCGUGUUCUCCAUCAGAGGUCAUCCAACCGCAGAGCCCGCCAGCUACAGCAGAAGCCAGACAUAGAGAUAAUCCGCCGCGAACACUUGCCAGAUCACAUGAUCACCUGGACUGGACCUGGGUUUGCCAGAGUCAGAGAUGGAGCCGGCCUCUUGUUUCACAUUGAAAACAUCCCCUACCCAAUGGACUAUGACAUCAUGAUUCGAUACGAGCCUGAGUCGGCUGAGGACUGGGAAGCCAUUGUCAGCGUAACCUCACAGACAUUACCCAUGAGCCCACGUUGCGGAAAUGUGCUGCCCUUUGAGCAGAUGUACAAGGAAAAGUGGCCCCAUUCUGAAAGGUAUAUUGUCCUACCCAAACCCUUCUGCUUUGAGUCCAACAAUCAGUAUGAAAUAACCCUCCGUCUACAAAGGUUUGAAGCUCCGAACCGGAAUCCUGGGAAUUUUAUCCUUAUUGACUCGCUUGUCCUGCUGCCAAGGUUCUCGGAACUGCCUGGUUUUCACGGAAAUGAUCCUGUGUCUGUGCAUCACCGAGAAGAAAUGGAAAACUACAGGUGUCUGGAGUCCUUCAAAAUGGCUACAAUGCCAACCCUGGCAGAAAUGUGCAUUAAGUUCAUCUGCAGCAUUUCGGCCAUCAUCCAUGAUGGAGCAUUACCAUGUCUCUGUAACCUUCAGGGUUCCCUCAGCGCAGUUUGCGACAAAAUUGGAGGGCAAUGCAUGUGCAAGCCAAAUGUGAUUGGCCAACGCUGCGAUCAGUGCGCACCUGGAACCUAUGGAUUUGGCCCUUAUGGAUGCAGCAAAUGUGACUGCCACCCUCAAGGCUCCACUUCUAGAUUCUGCAACCCCAUAACAGGGCAGUGCCAGUGUCAUGGAUAUGUGGCUGGCAGACAGUGUGACCAGUGCUUGCCUGGUCAGUGGGGCUUCCCUAAUUGCAAACCAUGCCAGUGCAACGGGCACGCUGAAGAAUGUGACCCCAAGACAGGAACCUGCAUUGGAUGUAGAGAUUACACAAGUGGCCGACACUGUGAUAAGUGUUUGGAUGGUUACUAUGGAGACCCCAUUCUUGGAUCUGGCCAGCAGUGUCGCCCUUGCCCUUGCCCCGGGUAUCCUGGCACUCAGAACUAUCAUGGUAGCUCUUGUUAUGCUGAUAGAGAUUCCGGGCACAUUGUGUGCCUCUGUGCACCUGGUUAUACAGGUUUGCGGUGUGAUCGUUGCUCCCCUGGAUACUUUGGGAACCCUGACCAAGAUGGAGGAGAGUGUCGCCCCUGCCAGUGUAAUAACAACAUUGACCCCAGUGAUGCUGAGUCAUGUGACUCGCGUACAGGCAUGUGCUUGAAAUGUCUGUACAACACAGAUGGGCAUCACUGUGGAGAGUGCAAAGCUGGGUACUUUGGAAGUGCCAUCCUGCGCAACUGCCGCCGUUGUACAUGUAAUGAUCUGGGUACACUGCAGUCUCACUGCACCAGAGAUAUCUGUUACUGCGACCGAAAUACCGGGCAUUGCCCCUGCCGAGCAAAUGUUGUUGGCAAGAACUGUGAUCAAUGUGCAACUAACUUCUGGAACUUUGGGGCAGACUUAGGCUGUGAGUCUUGUGCCUGUGUUCCCAGCCAUUCCUUGAGACAGGACUGCAAUGUGUACACAGGGCAGUGCUAUUGUCGGCCAGGGUUUGGAGGUAGAGUCUGCUCACAAUGUCAAGAAAAUUACUGGGGAGACCCACAGCGGAAAUGUGAAGCUUGUAAUUGUGAUGCAUACGGCUCUGAGAUACAGCAGUGUGAUCACCUGACCGGUAUGUGCCGAUGCCGAGAAGGCUUCACUGGACAACGGUGCGACCAAUGUGCCAGAGGUUUCCGGGAUAACUUCCCCAGGUGCUCGGCCUGCCACCAGUGCUUCUAUCAGUGGGACAGUAUUAUCACCCAGCUCCAGAACCAGCUCCAGGGCAUCCAGAAGAAGGUUUCUGACCUACAGGAAGGAGGAGAAGCUCCGGAGAUUAGUAACAGCCUCAUAAGAGAACUAGAAGAUAAACUGAGGAUUGUUAAACAGACAAUCGGAGAUGGAGGCAUUGAGGGAACACGCAUGUUAGAGCAAAUGAACAAACUGGUCAACAAAAUAAGGACGGAGGUGGCUCAGCUCUCCUAUCAGCUCCAUUCCCAGGAGAAAAAAAUGAAUGAUACUCAGAGCAAAGACAGAAAACAAAAAGGAAAACUGGAGAAGCUGACCCUGGACCUGAUACUGGUCAAUGAUACAGUGCACAUUCUGAAAACACAGAUAGAAGCCAUAGCAGCUUCGGGCUUCAAUGAGUCAUAUGGCAGUAUCUUGACGUCUUACUCACAGUCUGUAGAUGCUGAGCGGCUAGCCAAUGGUUCUGUAUCUGGAGCUGCCAGCCCUGUAUUCCAAUCCAGACAGACAAGGCUGGAGACAGAGAGACUUCUGAAAGACAAUCUGGACAGCUAUCGGAGGAAUAUGACAGCCCAGAAAACAUCCCUUAAAGAAAUUCAAAAGAAGGUCAAGGAUCUAAAUGUCUUCCAGAUCAAUGAAAAGAUUUGUGGUGCCCCUGGGAACAAACCCUGUGAUGACUCUCCCUGUGGUGGAGCAAACUGCAGGGACAGCCAGGGCCUAAGGAAGUGUGGUGGAGAAAAUUGUAAUGGAGCCGUGCCUAUAUCAGCCAAGGCCCUGAUGUCUGCGCAGAAUGUAAAACAGGACAUGGAAAACAUGGGAAAUCAACUCAAUGACCUAUCUCAGAAGAUACAAGAGGUUCAGGGAAUUUCACAAGAAGCAAAGGUGCAAAGUGAGUCCACACUGAGCAAGGCCAAGGAUACAAAACGCCGAAUUGAAGACUCUACUGAAAAACUGAGAGCUUUUAUUGGCAAGAUUAAAGACUUCCUGACCGAGGAAGGAGCUGACCCAGAGAGCAUUGAACAAGUGGCUAGAAAGGUGCUGAACAUCUCUCUUCCUGCCAGUCCUGGUGAUAUUGCCACGCUACUCAAAGAGAUCAAGGAGACCAUCGGAAAUCUCAGUGGGGUGGAUGUAAUCCUCAAUAAUACUUCUGAGAACCUUGCCACAGCCAACUCUCUACUACAAGAAGCCAAUGAAGCCAAGGAACGUGCUGACAGGGUGAGCGAGAACAUCACCGAAGCCAAAAUACUGCUGGAUGCAGCUCAGGACAAAGCAAAGUCUGCAGAGAAAGCCGUAAAUGAUGCCAAGCAGAGUGUAAACAGGCUGAAGAACAAUGUUGAAAAGUCCACAAACAAAAUGGCUGCUGUGGAGGAGAAAGAGAUGUCCAUCAUGAAUCGCUUGGGAAAUUUGUCAAAGAAAGUGGAAGAAUUAAUAAAGAAAGUUGAGUCCAACAGAGAGAUGGCUACUGAAGCCAGCGAAAAGGCGAACAAAGCUCUUGCAGCCACAGAUGGACUUGAAGAGGAAAUGGAUGAAGUUAAAAAGAAAUAUAAAGAGCUGAAGGACAAGGUGGGUGGAGUAGACUCCUCAUCGGAAACAGCUAUGCAGAAAGUAAAGCGGAUCACAGACGAAGCUCAGGAUUUAUUAAAGAAAGCAACUGAUGCUAAAGCAAAGCUGGAUGGUCUUGAUGAAAGGUUUAACUCUAAUGAAGAAGAGAUUAAGCUGAAAAUAUUAGAACUUAAGGAGCUGGAGAAUAAGACUUCUCAACUUCUUGAGGACAUCAGAGAAAGAUCCAUCAUAUAUUCCACUUGCUAACAACAAUUCCUACCAUGAUUCCUCAGUCACAUCAUUAACCCUCUUCAAAGGACACAAUGAUACAGUGCUGCUACCUUCAUAGGAACACAUAUGGAUCAUUUGGGUGACAACCAAUAUGGCUGCCAUUACAGUUUUCACUGAAGUUGGAACCCAGCUUUCUUCACAUUCUUGAAUAGCAGAACUGUGUUGUGAUAGAGUGAUACACUCCCUUUCAUCUUAUUCCUUUAUAAGUAAGCAGAGUUGUUAUUUUUAAGUAUUGGAAACCUGAGUGACCACUUGUGUAGAUGUUGGAAUGGUGGCCACAUUGGUUGUCACCCAAGUUUUCCAGAACAAGAUGGAACACAAAAAUAAUAAUUAGUUAUAAGCCUAGAAGGCAAACUACAGUCUCUGAUAAUCAGUAUGGAGAGUGUGGCUUCGGUACACACAACUAAGGAGCCUUUAAAGCGCAACUGUCAUGAGUUUUAACCCAGAGCAGACAGCUCUCACAGCAAGUACUAGCUCUCUCUUUAUGCUAGUACUUGCUACCUAUGGCCCAAUGUGCUGCAGAAUGCAGUAGUGGAAUGAUCUGGCUGCCUGGUCUCCUGUCUUCCUAGAGUGCACAGCGGUGAUGCAAUGCGGGCGGCCAGAUCAUUCCGCUACUGCAUUACGCCGCGCAUUGGGCCAUAGGGAGCAAGUACUAGCAUAAAGAGAGAGCUAGCGCUUGCUGUGAGAGCUGACUGCCCGCAUCACAUCACCGGAGUGCACAGAAGAACGGGCACUGUUUAUGCUUCUACAGUACAAAACUCGCCACCCGCAGAUAAGGAUAAUAAGGGCCAAUCACACAGCAGUCCCAGCGCUGACAUACAGUAGAUAGGUGUAGCGGCCGCGGGCAAAGCCACGUCUAUCGGACUGUUGCUGACUUUCGUUAAAAGCAUUUUUUGGCAUUUUUAAAGUUGCUAGAAAACAGCAAAAGGUAUGCUUCAACUGUCUUUUCUAACAACUUUGUCCUCCUGGGGCUAGUUUAUGGGGGUUAAAACUCAUGACAGUUGCGCUUUAAAAAAUAUUCACAGGAGGAGAUUUAUCAAAAACUGUGCAGAGGAAAAGUUGGUCAGCUGCCCAGAGCAACCAAUCAGAUUGAGUCCUUUUUAAAAAUUAAAGG